UUGACAAAUGCUAUGGCACCAAAUAGUUGGAAUUAUAUCUUGAGAGCCGUUGGGUUUUCCAUAAUGUCUGUUGGCAGCUUCAUCAGCUGUGGGUACUGGGGCGAACGUCGUAGUGCAUGUAAAACGUAAUCAGAAACUGAUCUACAAGGAUGGAGAGUUCCACUUUUUCAGUUCGCAUUGUGACGGCGGACUUCUACUCAGAAGUUCCGUUGCGUACAGUGGACACAGUUUACUCGGAAGGUCGGGCUUCCUCCGUGCGUCGUGUACCAGUCGUGCGUGUGUUUGGAACCACUCCUGCAGGCCAGAAAGCCUGCGUUCACAUCCAUGGCCUGUUUCCCUAUCUGUACGUGGCCUACGAUGGAGAAGGUGACUCCUCGCCGACUGUGGAGCUCCUUGAGCAGCUAGCCUUCAGUAUCGAUAAUGCUCUGCAAGUGUCUCUGGGCCAGGGAUCCCGUCAACAACAUCAUGUAUUCAAGAUAACACCUGUCACUGGAAUUCCUUAUUAUGGAUAUCAUUCCCAUCCUAGGACGUUCCUGAAGAUUUUGCUAUACAGCCCUAUGUUGGUACCAAGACUGGCUGAGCUAUUGCGCAAUGGCGCCAUCAUGCAGAAGUUACUAGAACCAUAUGAAGCUCACAUACCUUUCCUCAUGCAGGUUUUCAUGGAUUAUAACCUGUAUGGAAUGAGCUUCCUGAACUUGGCGUCUGUCAAAUUCCGUCUUCCCCUGCCAGCAGGAGAAGGUGAUGCGGACAGCUCGUUUUCCCUGAGCGGUAGCUCGCACUCCAACAGGCAGAUUUGCAGAGCUCGUUGGACCACAUCAACUGUUAUUCGUGGACAGUUGAUGGACCUAGUUCCACGGCAGAGCAAGUGUGAGCUGGAGCUCGAUGCAGUUGCCUGUGAUAUACUCAACCAGUACGAAGAAGUCACAGGUGGCGUGGCUAAUCCUGGAAUCGCUGCCAUCUGGAAAGAGGAGCAGAAGCGCUGCUCUACCCUCGGACUGCCGCCACCAGAGAGGUUAACAUCACCAGGCAAGUUGCUUGUGUGUUGCGUUGCGGGUGUGCUUCCACGCGCUGUUUUGCUGACUUGGAGUCAAGUUCACCUUGCUUUUGGCUGCGUACACUCAAGGUGA